UCCAAUAACGAACAGACGGAUCAUGUUUUAAAAAGAUAAAACGAACCUUCGUUUUGCUUUCUUCUUCUUCUUUUUGUUUAUUUUGUGGAAUAAUUCUGGAUGCAAGAACAACAGCUAUCAUGUUGACGAUUUAUAAAAUGCAAUCAAGCGUCUUCUUGCUAUUUUGUGGAUGGUUUUUAUUUGGAGAAUGCAAAGCUAAUGGAAAAGAAAUCCAUGAAGUCUAUAAAAAGGGCAGCCAGCCACAAAGACAGAGAAGAGAAACACAUGGAGCAACACACAAGCAAGGCAGCCCUAUACUUAAACGAAGUCCCGAUAUCACCAAAUCACCACUGAUAAAGUCAGAACAACUUCUCAAAAUAGAUGACCAUGACUUCAGCAUGCGGCCAGGCUUUGGAGGCCCUUCAAUUCCUGUUGGAGUUGAUGUACAAGUUGAAAGUCUGGACAGCAUUUCAGAGGUAGACAUGGAUUUCACCAUGACGCUUUACCUGAGACAUUACUGGAAAGAUGAAAGAUUGUCAUUUCCAAGUACCAAUAACCAAAGUAUGACCUUUGAUGGCAGACUUGUGAAAAAGAUCUGGGUGCCUGACAUGUUCUUUGUCCAUUCAAAGCGUUCCUUUAUCCAUGACACAACAACAGAUAAUGUCAUGCUUCGAGUACAGCCAGAUGGGCAAGUACUUUACAGCUUGAGGGUCACUGUAACAGCAAUGUGUAACAUGGAUUUCAGUCGUUUUCCCCUUGACACACAGACAUGUUCCCUGGAAAUUGAAAGCUAUGCUUAUACUGAAGAUGAUCUUAUGCUGUAUUGGAAGAAUGGGAACGAGUCCUUGAAAACAGAUGAUAGAAUAUCAUUAUCUCAGUUCCUUAUACAAGAGUUUCACACCACCACCAAACUUGCUUUUUAUAGCAGCACAGGUUGGUAUAACCGUCUCUUCAUCAACUUCACAUUACGACGACAUAUCUUCUUCUUCUUGCUUCAGACCUAUUUCCCUGCCACUCUGAUGGUCAUGUUGUCUUGGGUUUCUUUUUGGAUAGACCGCCGUGCUGUGCCUGCAAGAGUUCCCUUAGGUAUCACGACGGUACUGACCAUGUCUACCAUCAUCACUGGUGUCAAUGCCUCCAUGCCUCGAGUUUCCUACAUCAAAGCUGUGGACAUUUACCUCUGGGUCAGUUUUGUGUUUGUCUUCCUCUCAGUAUUAGAGUAUGCUGCAGUGAAUUACCUGACCACGGUGCAAGAGAGAAAAGAACGGAAGCAAUGUGAGAAGCUUUCUUGUGCUUCUGCAAUACCACAGCCAAAGCAAAUGACAGGGAUGGAAGGCAGCUACAGUGAUGGAGAAGUAAAUGAAUUAGGGCAAUAUGUGUCUGAAAAUGGAGGCAAAGAAGACAGAAUGAUGGUCCAGUUGGGUCUUGGAUCAGAAGGAAAUUCAAAUAGGAGGAAAAUCCAGAGAUAUAGCAGCAUGAGAAUCGACACUCAUGCCAUUGACAAGUAUUCCAGAAUAAUAUUUCCAGGAUCAUACAUUUUAUUUAAUUUGAUAUACUGGUCCAUUUUUUCAUAGUUAUUUUUUUCUUUAGCUAUUUUUUAUGUGCUUGCAACAACAUCAUGCAUGAAUUAUCAAGUAAAUUUGAGAGUGGGAACUGAAUGUUCUUCAUGCUUCCUGAUAAAGUUUGGUACUCUAAUGUGAAUAUCACUUAAAUUGCUCUGCUGUUCAUUUUCUUGUGGUUUCAAUGGGAAAUAGCAAAGAGAAGAGAAAAGCCUACCUUUUGCAAAGGGGAUUCUUUGAACAGUGUUUGCAUUUUAAAAGACUUGUACUAAAUUAUUACUAAAGGACAAAAGAAGGCAAGAAGAUACUUUAAAGUCCUCCUUUGAAACUUCUAAUUAUGGCAUUUUUAUUUCAGCUACAGAAAUGGACUAUAUUUUAAAUUUUUGUUUUCAUUUGUAAAUAUAUUAUGUGCCAUUAAGUCAGUAUUGAUUCUUAACCACCAUAUAGAUACCAGGGUGAUGUAUCUCCGAUCUGGCCCAUCAGAUCUUCAAACAAUGUACCCAUUGCCAGUUUGAGUCUAUUCACUUUGCUGCUGGUUGUCUUCUUUUUCUCUGUCUUCCCACAUUUCCCAAAAUUAUUGACCUCAAAAUGUGAACUUGGCGAUUUUUGUUUUCAAUAGGAACUUUGCAAUGAUUUGUUCUAUGAUCAAUUUGUUUUCUGGCUAUUCAUGGUAUUCUCAGAAGUCGUCUCCAACACCAAAGUUCAAAAGCAUCGAUUUUUUUUUUAAAAAAAUCAUAAAUUAAAAAAUUGUAGAUUAAUUACAAAUGUAGAUACUCUACAGCUACUCUACAAGAUUUAAUAAUCUUAAAAGAAGUGUAAAUGUUAAGCUUGUAUUUAUUUUGCUUAGAAUUUUCUGCCUUAGAAAAUAUUUUUGAUACUUUGAUACAGUACUUUGAAGAAAACAGAAUACCUAAAAGUAUUAUGACAUGUUAGAAAAACAUUUUAUGAAGGCCAUUUAAUGAAUUAUCAAUACUGCUGGUGCCUAAAUUGAAUGGGUUGGGUUUGGGUUUUUUUUGUUUAAAUCAACGAAUCUGACAUUUUAAAGGAGACAGAGAUAUAUAUAAAAAAUAGCAUCAGUUUUGUGGAUUACUCUGAUGCAUCUUAUGGGAUUAUUGUAAGCAGUAUCACAGAUGACAUGUUCUACUUAAUUGAAUCCUUUUUUUUUUUUACUACAAUGCCCUAUUAUGGCAAGGGUGAUGAACCUGUGACCAUAUAAAUGCUGAACUACAUUUCCCAACUUCCUCGAGGAUUGUUGGGAGCUGUGAUCCACUGGCAUAUGGAAUGUCAUAAUUCCCUAUUUCUGAUUCCGAGAAAUUUGUCAGCUUAACGAUAGGUCAUGAAUAUUUAAAACACUGUAAUAGAAUUAUAUAUUCUGAUUCCAGCAGAAGGGUUCCUUCUAUGAAUAUGAGGUUUUUGGACAACAAUGGAGGAAACAGCACUAAGGUUGGCAGAGAUCAAUGAUGCUGAGAGCUCCCCUUCUUUUCAGAGUGACAUUGUUGCAUUGGACAACAUGUUUCCAAAUAAAGAAGCAGCUGUUUAAUCUCCAAGCUCUCCAUUGGAUAUAUCACAUGACCUUAAAUAUAAAGGAAUAUUGUUUACAUGUUAAUUAAAAAUUAAGGUGAUGAAUUGAAUUUUAUGUAAGCAUUAAAACUGAAGCUAGUAUUUUCUUCUAACCAAUUUUCAAAUAAAUAAAGAUUUUUAUUCAGAUAUCACAGUCCUUAUGUUUCAAAUCCAGGUGGGUUUUGAAACUUUAAAAAAACACUUUAGUUUUUUGUUUUUGGUGUGUGGUUUUUUUUUCUUUUUUGCUAGAAGACCUGUUAAUAUUUAAGAGCAAUACUUGUGAUCAUAAAGUAAUUAGCACUUUGGAAGAGCUAGAACCAAGCAGGUGAAUGGUUCCCAAUUUAGACUUAAACUUCACCUGUAGAAAUGGCAGAAACAUUAUAAGGAUAAAUGUCUGCAUAGACAUUUAAUAAAAUAGAUCCAGAAGAUUUAACUUUCCAUUCAAACUUUUAAGAUUUCUACAUUAGAUGCAAUCCUGUAAAAAUCUUAAAACCUUUAAGAGAUGGUAAAGAAUAACGAAACCUAGCAGAUUUAUGCAAAAUUAUUAAUUGAAAAUAUAAUGUUGUUGGCAUAGAAUUUUAAUUAUCUAAAUGCAAAAUUUCCAUUUAUUUUAACUCGUACCCCUAGACCUGACAGGUAAGUUUAAAAAAAAACCCAAAAACAUUUGUGUGAAGAUCAGAAUUUACUCUCUCACAUGUCUUUUUCUACUAAGAGCUUUGCUUGUCUGAAACUUUGUUCCUAUAAGCUUGGUACAAAAGUUAUAUUUACUGCAGUCAUUGCCAUAACAUUUUAAUUGUCCCUAAGGGCUAGCUAUGUACUUCUGACCCUGAAGAUAAAUCAAAAUAUAAACUAGGUAUACUAACAGAAGAGAAUAUUUGUAGCUCAGGGUUGAAUUAUGGAAUCUGUAUUGUUUUCUGAGCUUGAUUGUUUUCUUGCAGAUGUUUCAUUACCCAAUGAAGAGUGAAUAUGUAUAGUUUUGUACUUUAGUGACUUUCAUUAGCCUUUCAGACAAACAGAAAUAUCAUGCCCAGAUGAAACUGAAUUAACACUACUUAUAAGCAGGCUGAAUGAAUGUAUGGUUCAGAGCAACUGAAUAUUAAAAUAGGAAUUAAUUUCAGGAAUAUCAUAGGAAACAUUCCCCAAAUCAGUGGAACUACUUUAUUUUAAAAACAAAACAAAUGGUUUCAAAUCAGUCAAUUGCCUAGCUUGUUUAAACCCAUGGAAAACAAAGUCCAACAUCUGGAAUAAGAAACAUUUUUUUCCCGAUUUAGUAACAAAACAUGUUUCUAUUAACUUCAAUGAAAUUGUAUUUUUCUGAGCAAUAGGUUUAUUGGAUGUUACCUGAAGUCACAGACACUCAUCCACUGUAGAAAAAAAACAAUUCAAAUCUUUAAUAAACAAAUUAA